AUGGCUGCCGCUUGCGCUUCGCAUUCGCCCGCUCCCGCGCUGAUUCCUCCGCCGAUCUCUCCGCCAAUUCUUCCGCUGAUUCCUCCGCUGCCCGAUGACGUCAGCAUCGCGUGCCUGGCUCGCCUCAGUCUCUGGGACCUCGCGGUCGUGCGCUGCGUGUCCCGCGGCUGGGCGGCGGCGAUUGCGAGCGACUCGUUCGCGCAGCAGCGGCGGCGGCAGCAGGCGCUCGGCGCGCAGAGGGUGAGGGUUGUAGCGCGGCACGGGGAGGAAUGCGGUUCGUGUGCUUCAUGCCCGGAAUGCGCGGAAUGCCCGUCGUCCCUUGCGUGCUGCUCACACGGGGACGCCCGCGAUUGUACUACUGAGGGGAGAGGCGAAUGUGAUAUUAACGGGGUUAACGGCUAUGUGUGUCUGUGCGCGGCGAGCAGACGGCAUCCCGGCAGGCUCGACUGGUUCGCCUUCGAUCUCUCCGCGCCUGCGCGCGACGACGACCUUCCCCCCGCCUCCGCCGCCUCCGCGUUCUCCGCCGCAUCCGCCGGCAGCAGCAAGGGAACGCGAUGGACGUUCAGCGGAAGCGCCUGUAACGAAUCGCGUCGAAGCGCGGAGGGCGCGGGAAGCUCCUGCAGCAGCAGCGGCAGCAGAUUUCGACUGUCAGCAUGUGGACGGUCAGGAUGCGGCGGGCUCUCUGGAUCCAACGGUUACGGAAGAUGGCGCCGGCUGCCGCCCAUCCCGCCGUCCAAUCCGCACGGGUCGCAGCGGUGCCGCCAUUUCUCAGUCGCCGCCAUUCCUGGUUGGGGCCUCGCGAUCGCGGGGGGAGUGGUACUGGGUACGGGAGAGGCGGUCCGCCACGUGUCACUGUUUGAUUGGCUGGCGGGGCGGUGGGUGCAGGUGCAGCAUGAGGGGUUUUCAGCGCGGUUGGAUCCGGUGGUGGUGUGGGCGGGGGGGAGGCUGUUCGUGGGGGGAGGGGGGGAGAUCGGGGGAAGGGGGAAGGUGGGCGGAAGAGGGAACGUUUGGGGCGCAGGGAUGGGCGGAGUGCAAGGAAGGGGAGGGGCGGAGGGGGAGAUGAUGAGGUGUGAGGGGGGGAACACAGGCGGGGAGGGGGAGGGGGAAGGGGAGGAAGGGGGCACACCCUUACCAGUAACCAACCCAACUGUAACAACCUCUCUGCACCCCUCCAUCUCCCCUCGCUCCUGCGACAUCAUUUGCGUUGCUAACCGCGUAUACGCGCGUUACCGCCACCGCCUCACCUGCUUCGCCGACCACCCCACGUCCCCCUCAGCCGCCCCUGCUACAGCCGGUGCUACAGGCAGGGCCAGUGGUGCAGGGUGUGUGCUACAGCUGGAUGUGAGCAGUGGGAGAUGGGGCCUCGCCCCCCCAUGCGACCCUAUCCACCGCCUGGCUGCUGCUGGCUUGCUCGCUCUGAUACCAUCAUCACAUUCCAUGCACACAUGUUCCCAUGCACAUGGCUGGGCGGGCGGUGCUACAGUGGCAGCGGUACAGCAUAGCUUGUCUCUUCUGCUGCUGCAGGGCGAGCCAAACGCCCCUCCCUGCAAACCCCCCUGCACUGCUUGCUCUAGGCAUCAGCAGCAGCUAGAAAAUCGGGAACACCAAGGGAGAAGGGAUGUGUGGCGGGAGGGAGCAUGCGUGUGGGAGAUGGCAGUGGGAGCAGCAGGGGGGGGCGGGGCAGGAGGGGAGAUACUGUGGGGGGCGCAGCUGAAGCAGGUGGUGGUGGCGGGGGGAAGGUUGUUUGCACUCGUGUUGCUGGUGGAUCGAGGGAGGCACGUGAUGAGGGAGAUGGGCGUGCAUGGCAGGCAGGCUGGCGUGGUGGGGCCGGGAAUUGAGCUCCCAGGAGAGGCAUAUGUGGCGCAUGCGGUGGGGCUACUCCCACCCCUCCUUCUCCUCCCCCUCCGUCCCCCCCGCAUCCCUCCCCUCCGUCACAUGAAUCUCCUCGAGGGGUUUUUCUCCACUGUGGGUCCCAUCCGAAAGUGUUCCUUCGUGGCCCAGCCAGGCGCAGCACUGAACGCUCUUCUCCCCCCCGCCUGCUCCCCUUUUAUCCCCCCUCCUCCCCAUCACAUCACCCCGUCUGCAGCUCGAGGGGUUUUUCUCCACCGUGGGUCCUAUCCGAAAGUGCUUCCUCGUGGCCCAGAGAGCAGUCAUGCUGUUUUCAUUCCCCCCACCUCACCUGCUCUUGCGUCUGCUGUCCCAUCUGCUCCUCCUCUCAAUUUCUCCUCUCAAUUUCUCCUCUCACCUGCUCCUCUCAUCUGCUCCUCUCAUCUGCCCCUCCAUCUGUCCUCUCCUCCCAUCUGCCCCCCCCUCCCAUCUGCCCCUCCCAUCUGCUCCUCUCACAUGCUACAGGCGCGGAGACGCAUCGAGGGAUGGGCUUCGUGCAAUAGUGACGCUCUAGCAGAGGACGCAGAGAGGGCAGUGAGGGAGCUCGGGGGAAAGCGCCUGGAGGGGCGACCUCUGGCAGUGGAGCUGGCGAAGAGGAGAGCUUCUUUGGGCGAAAGGCUGGCUAAACGAGGGCCGCGACCACAAGCCCACCAGGUGGAGGAUCAGGAUGACUUGACGGGCUUGCACGGGCUGGGGAGGAGCAACGUGCCAGAUGGAGCAGGGAGGAGGAGUGGCGGAGCUACAGAUGUCAUGGGGAGGAGAAUACCCACUCGCAUCACCACCUUCCCCACUGCUGACGCCGAUGCACCUGCUGCUCCUCCUCCUUCUGCUGCUGCUCCUGGUGCUAGCCCGCACCGCACAGUGGUUUUGGGGGGGCUCUCAUCCCUGGCCAUAGUGGCACAUGUCCUUACCACUGCUGCGGCCGUCGCUGCUCGAGAGGAGGUCACCAACCCUUUCUUCCCCGUACCACCUUGUUCCUUCAUCACCUCUAUCUCCCAGGCCAGCCCGCACGGUGGUGUUCGGAGGGCUUACAUCCCCAGCCGCACCCGCACGGUGGUGUUUGGGGGGCUUUCAUCCCCAGCAGCUGUAGCGCAUGUCCUCUCCGCUGCUGCUGCCAUCGCUGCCCCUGAGGAGGUCACCGAUCCACUGCCCGAGGAUGCUCUCAAGGAGAGAGGGCUAGCCCUUGAUGGCUGCACCUCCCCCGCGCUCUCUGUUGUCUUCCCAUCGGUGCGCGCCGCCCGCCAGGCGGUGGCUUCACUGCACGGCUGCACGGUUGGGGGCGGCACGGAGACGGGCGGCUCGGAGCAGAGCGUCACUGUGUGGGCGAGGCAGCUGGGCGGCGAGGGUUCAAAGUCUCUCAGCAAUCGGGUCAUUGUUCGCAACCUGCCCUUCAAGGUGGCAGAAGCGGAUUUGAGGAAGGCCUUUGCUGUUGCGGGCUUCCCAUGGGCUGUCAAGAUACCACAUGGGGAGGAUGGCAGGCCUCGAGGAUUCGCGUUUGUCACAUUCACUACGAAGAGCGAUGCAGCAAAGGCUGUUGAAAAGGUCAACGGCACGGCCAUUUGUGGGCGGGCUGUGUCGGUGGGAUGGGCGGUGGCAAAGAGGGAGCACAUGGAGAGUGUGGCGAAGGAGAAGGCGAAGGAGAACAGAGAUGGGUUGUCAAUGCUGUUUGAUGAUGAAGAUGAUGAGAUGAACGAGGGAGGGGAGGAUAAGGAAGACGAGGAGGAGGGUGAAGAUGAGGAAGGGGAGGAGGAGGAUGAUGAGGAAGAGGAGGAAGAGGAGGUGGAGGAAAUGGAAGAAGAGGAGGAGGAGGACGAUGAGAGGAAAGCGAGGGUGAAUGGUUUCUUAGAUAUGGAAGCAGAGGAGGAGGAUGAGGAGGAUGAAGAGGAGGUAGAGGAUGAGGAUGAGAGUGAGGAGGGAGAGGAGGAGGAGGAGGAGGGGGAAGAGGAGGGGGAAGAGGGGGAAGAGGACGAGGAGGAUGGAACAGAUGAUGAGGAAGAGGAGGUAGAUUGGGAGAUGGAGAUGGGUGGUGGUGGCAGCAGUGGUGCCGUGCAAGGGAGUGAGAAGGAUAUGAUGCUGCGGGUGCUGUCCCGAGUGGUUGAGCAGGGGAAGGGGGAGGAGGGGAUGGGGGUCGCAGGGGAGGAAGUAGGGUUGAAAGCAAAAGGUGUGGCUGUGAAAGGUGGGAAGGAAGGGGAUGCAGGGAGAAAGGGAAAGGAGGGGAAGGGUGGGAAGGAUGGAAAGGCAGGAAAGGAUUGGGAGGGAAAGAAGGGUGGCGAGGAGGGCAAGGGAGCAGCAGCAGGGAAGAAGACAGGCUCUCGUGAUGGCAAGGAGGAAGGGACGGGCGUGGAGGAAGGGGAGGUGACGGAAGGGAAAGAUGGGAAGGAGGAGAAGGCAGAGGCACCGCCAGCGACGGUGUUUGUGAGGAACCUGCCGGUGGAUGCCUCAGCUGACCGCAUUCGAGCAGCGUUUGAACGGUUCGGCAAGGUGGCUGACUGCAGAGUCGUGCUGCACCCUGUUACCAGGCGCCCCCGAGGCUCGGCAUUCGUCCGGUUCGAAACGCACGAAGCAGCGCAAGCAGCCGUGGCAGGCUCGGCCCGAACCGCAAAGGCCAGGGCCGAGGCUGGGGGAGAGGGUCGGAAGGGGGGAGUGGAGGAGGGGAUGGUGGUGGUGGGGGGCCAACAGACCCUUGUGACUCUGGCAGUGCGACGGGAGGAGGUGUCUAAGGUGGUGGAGAAGAGGAAGCAAGCGGAGCAGACAGGCAAGGGGAGAGAGGAGGACAGAAGGAAUCUUCAGCUGUUGGAGGUGUGUAGGAGAGUGCAGUG